AUGGGUUUAUCCGGCCCUGUGUUUGGAUACUCGGCGGAUGUAGUAAAAAACUUGACGAAAUAUCUCUUUGAAUCCAAUGCAUACGAUAAAACGGUUCGUCCAUCGAGGGAUCAAUACUCCGCAACAGAGCUAAAAGUGGCCUUCAAUUUGAAGGGUAUAAACAAGCUGGAUGAACUGGAGGAGAAAUUAGUAACUACGGCGUAUCUCACUCUGGAAUGGCAGGACGAUUUCAUGACGUGGGAUCCGUCAGCAUUUCCUGUCUACAGAUUACCACUUCCUCAAAACGCGCUGUGGAAACCGGAUUUAGUCCUGAAGAAUGGAUUCACGGAGUUCAAGGAGCUGGGUGGUUCGUUUUAUUACGUCAUGGUAUCAUAUGAUGGAAGUGUAAUUUGGAAACCUUAUCAGGUGUUUGAAUCUCAAUGUUCCAUUGAUGUUACGUAUUUCCCAUUCGAUAUCCAAACCUGCGACAUCAUUUUUACAAUGUGGUCACAUUUUCUAUACCAAGUGAAAAUAACAUCUGACGAUGCAAUAGAGAUGGAUCAGUUUAAAAGCAACAGUAUAUGGGAAAUUGUGUCUACUAGCCAAAAUACGGAUAAUUCCGGAAGUAACGCCGUCAUCAAGUAUAGUAUUCGGUUAAAAAGGAAGCCAUCACACUUCGUCGGAAAUAUUGUUCUACCCAUUUUGCUUCUUGGAAUUCUGAAUAUACUAGUGUUCAUCAUUCCUGCCGAUGCUGGAGAGAAGAUGUCGUACUCUAUUACAGUAGCGCUUGGAUUCAUGGUAUUUCUGACGAUCAUUAGUUCGGAACUUCCUGCAAACUCGGACAACACUCCAUACCUCACGUCUUACCUACAGAUUCAGAUCAUCAUGGGAGGAAUAUCUCUGAUAGUGUCCUCACUGCAGCUUCGCUUACGCCACAAAGAUGAACGUCAAAAUGUUAGCGGAUUUUUUCACGUGAUUGCAAAAUUUUCGCUUUGUAAAUUAUUGACGCGUAAGAAGGUAAAAACAGAUACUGUGACACCAGGAAAUGACGUACAAGAAAAGCAUCUAAGCCAGAAUGAGGAGCGUGACCGAGUGUCGUGGAAUGACGUAUCCUCAGCGAUAGAUUAUCUUAUGAUUAAUAUAUAUUCCUUAGUUUAUCUCAUUAGCACUGCUUGUGUGAUCGGUAUUAUGAAUAGAGGGGUUUAGACAGUGGUUCACAAUUUGUUAAUGAAUGCGAGGACUUCCUCCUUGAACUUUUGAAUUAUGAUGCCUAGUGAUAAAAUACCAAGAGAAUUAUUACCUAGUUUGGUAUAACGAUGCAUUGUGAUGUCGCCUCGCUCAACGUGCAUCUUUCAGCACCCUGGGUAACCCCGUCUCAAAUAUCCAACUGACUACUUAUCUACAGUAUUGAGAUGGCAUAUAAUGAAGGCUUACUUAGUAUUGUUUCGUUUGUCACAGCGAUGCACAUCAAAACUACGAACAUAUGUACAGCGAAUAUGAUGAUUUUUAUCUGAAUCGCCGUUAAUAGUUUUCGUAUUUCUUUAUCUAGAAGUCGGUAAUUGGAAUAUAUAGUGAAUGUACCGAUGUAACAAACUAAUUUUCAUUCCCCCCUAGUGCGUAGUAAAACAUUGUAUUUGUGCCUGUUUAUAGCAAAUUGUUUUUCAUAGAAAAUCGUUCUUAUUUACAUGAAAUUUGUGUAGCGCAAUGCACCAUCGAGUAUCCUUCACAAUUGAUUAAUUUUGUCUAUUAACUGGUUUCGCUAACCUUCAAUUAAAAUACGGACAGAAAUC